UAAUCAAAAGGAACAUUAUGUUGAGUGGGCCUAACCUAAUCAGAUGACUCCUUAAAAAAGAAGUUCUUUGGAUGGCUUUGGAGAAGUAAGCUACCAAAUGUGAGAGGAUCUCUGGAGGAGAUCCUAUGGUAAGGACCCCAGAGAAGCUUCUAGGUUUUGACAGUAGCCCUAUCUUAUAGCAAGCAAGAAAACAGGGCUUCACUUUACAACCACAACGAGCUGAAUUCUUCCCUCAACCAGUGAAUUUGGAAAAGGACUCCAAACUACACUUGAGAUCACAGCCUUUGUCAGCACUUUGAUUUCAGCCUGAUGGGAUGCUAAGCAGAGAACCCAGGUAACCUGUGUCCAGACUCCUGACCCAUGGAAACCAUGAGCCUCAAAUAUGUGGAUGUUUUCUUGGCUUUGUGCCAUUUUAAUUAUUUUGGCUAUUGUUGGCGUGGACACAACAGCAAAGACCACACCAUCUGCUAAAUUUACGAAGAAAUCUGAGAGAGAAGAGGUGCUGAAGGGUCUAAAGCCACCCAGUGGCCGACCUCCGGAAGAAGGAACUCUCUCCCCAGAAGCGGCUGAGGCAGCAGAACCCGCCUCCGAGCCCUCCUCCGUGGAUUCUGACUUUGACGCUGCCACUUCCUUCCCCUUCGAAAACCUCACUCUGGACACAGAUGAUUUCUUUUUGAAUUGCUGUGAUUGUUGUUCUUUUGUACCAGGGCAAAAAGGAGAACCUGGAGAGACUGGAAAGCCAGGUCUUAAGGGAGAAGCUGGUGAUAUGGGGAUCCCAGGGCCACCGGGAGUCACUGGACCCCAAGGUCCAAAAGGCCAGAAAGGAGAGAAAGGAUUUAGGGGAGACCGUGGGGACCAAGGAACAAGCGGAGUUUCAGGAUACCCAGGAAAGCCCGGAGAGCCAGGUGGGCUUGGUCCUAAGGGUGACCGAGGAAACACUGGCCUGGCGGGAGUGAAAGGACAGAAGGGCUCCAAGGGGGACAUGUGUGCAAACGGUACCCAAGGAGACAAAGGAGACCGAGGGGCUGCAGGCUCCCCCGGCCUGACCGGAGAGCCUGGGGCCAAGGGAGAGAAGGGGGACGUGGGGGAGAACGGCUGCUGCGGGGACUCUGGGGAGAAGGGGGGGAAAGGGGAGAAAGGUGGGGAGGGCAUGAAAGGAGAGAAAGGCAACAAGGGGGAUUUGGGAACGGAGGGGAACAGAGGCCCAGAGGGCCUGCCUGGGGCCCAAGGCCAUCCCGGGGCUAAGGGAGAGAAGGGAGGGUUAGGCCCUCCGGGUCCUGAGGGACCCGCGGGGCUGAAGGGUGAGCCGGGGAGCAAAGGGGUCCGAGGAUCUAUUGGGAAGAAGGGCUCUCGGGGCUUCAAAGGCUCCAAGGGGGAGGCAGCCAGAACGGCACAGUCAGCUUUCAGCGCGGCUCUAUCGAAGCCUUUCCCUCCUCCCAACCUCCCGAUCAAAUUUGACAAGGUUCUCUACAACGAUCAAGGGAGUUACAGCCCCGUCACCGGGAAAUUUAACUGCAGCAUUCCUGGGGCCUAUGUUUUUUCUUACCACAUCACUGUGAGGGGCCGGCCUGCUCGGAUCAGCCUGGUGGCCUGGAACAAGAAGCAGUUCAAGUCCAGAGAAACACUCUCUGGUCAUGAAAUCGACCAGGCCUCUCUCCUCAUCAUCCUCAAGUUAAGUGCAGGGGACCAAGUCUGGCUGGAAGUUUCAAAAGAUUGGAACGGGGUGUAUGUCAGCCCUGAGGAUGACAGCGUUUUCACUGGGUUUCUUUUGUACCCAGAGGAAAAUCCUGGAAUUUCACCAUAAGCUUGUGUCUUGAAUACUGUUAUUUGGGCUCAGUGGAAUCAGGUAGCACGGGGUAGUGCUCUUUUAAAAAAAUAACCUUCAUCAUUUUUUCAUGAUUAUAAAAGUCAUACAGAAAAAAUUAAAUAACCUACAAUUGCUAUUUCUAUUUUAAGACAUCAUCUUUUUAAAUAAAGAUAUUUAUAUGUAUUUAGAGCAGAUGUCUAUAACUGUAGGUAGCUUUUUUCUUUUAGCAUUAUAGUAUCUUUCAUGCCAUUUAAAUAAUAAUACUUGUAUGUAAAUAUAUGAAUGAGAUUUGU